CGGAGCGGUGAAGAAGAAGUCUAAAAGAAAGUAGAAACAACGGCUAGGCAAAGCCGAACGGGAGAAGGUGUGUAACAAGCCUAUGAAGAACAGGGACGGGUUAGCGGUGGAGAUAGUACGAGUUAGACUGAAGCUUGAGGAGGAAUGGGAAUGUAACGUGUUUAGUCUGUUGGAGAAAUUGGAACGGAAAGGUAAGAGGAAUUUUGAGUUGUAUUCGACUGGAGGAAAUAGCUGGAUGGAUGGGUGGAGAAAGGUCAGAAAAGCAUUUGGAGCCGCUACGGUAGAAAUCGGUGGACAGGUGAUGAAGUUGAGUAAAAGUAGAAGCUAUGUGGAACAAGGGAAAACGGUCCACGUGAAGUAUCUCAGGAAAUGGAAACCAAGGAGCGGUCCUGACAAGAAGAGGUUGGUAGCGCUGUUGCGCAAUCCACGUAGGAUCCAGCAAGUCGAAUCGGCCAACGUGGACACCAUGUUUCGACUGAACAAGGCAGCCAAGGACUUCCAGCAAAAUUCGACAAGGUCGUACCUAAGGCGAAUCAUUGGACGGACGAUCAAGCAACAAACCGGAUGGGUGAUGGGAGCACAUCUAACUGUGAAAGUGAAGUACGACGACAGAGUGAAACUAGCGGAGAUCGACUUGGAACACACAUAUGUAUAUGCAACGGGAGUGCUCCUACAACAAGUUGUGGGAAUACCGAUGGGUAAGAGCACAAGCCCACCGUUGGCAUGCAUACUAUGUGCUUACUCGGAAUACAGAUUUCUGAGUAAUCUUGGCAGUUUGAAGAGAAAGGUACGCGGACUGCGACUGAUGGACGACGUUAGUCUCAUCAUCGACGUGGGAAUGAAGCGGGAUACCAGAAGGGAGGCGAAGAUCCGGAUGGAGUUCGAAGCCUGUUAUCCUAAUAAUCUAACUCUGAAGAGGACAGACGAAGGAACAGGCGUGUGGGACUUCCUAGGACUGGAAAUGCGCACCUACAUAGCAGCACCGUACGUGGGCAGCAUUCAGGUAUCGAAGAACGAGAAAUCAGUCUGGGAGAAUGAGACUCUGGAAUUCAAGACCGGACAGUACUAUCAGUCUUGGGGAAGCAAGCAGCAGAAGAGCGCAGUUGUGGCCAGCUAUCUGCACCGUAUAGAUAUCAAUACGACCAUACGGUGUGAGAUACCAUGGAGAGUGUUGACACUCAGCAGAGAGCUGAGGCUGAAGGACUUCCCGGAGGAGUUCAUGAAGAGAACAAUCAAGUGUUUCUGUACAGGAAGGGAGGAGAUCUGGAAACUCACACGUGACUGGAUCUGUGGUACAUAGUUGGUAGGAAUAUGGAAGGGGUAAAGUUUGAUUGGUAUGUAGGAGUUACAUCCCCGUUUUGGUGUAUUUGCAGUAGCUAGAGUAAAGCAUAUUGGCCUAG